AUGAGAGGUUGCGAGGGGUCGUCUGCUAAGACAGUAUCUGUCACAGUGGCGUUGGCGUUGCUAGCAGCCGCAGCGGAGGGAUGCCGUACUUUGGAAAGUGGUGGUGUCUUUGCGCACCUGCCGUGCAGAGACGGCGUUCCAUCCUUGCCUGCGGACUCGUUCCGUCUGGACUGGGGAGGGGAGCAUUUGGUGACGUCGAUGGUAUAUCUGUCGAUUGCUCUGCAAUGUCUUGAACUACUGGAUAAGGAUAAAAGCCUCAUUUUGGCUUCCGUGGACCAGAUUUAUUUCCGUCAACGCUGCCCAAAAAUCACGGUUCACAUAGAUCCGAGAUGGCGCGAUUACACCAGGCGGGAGGCGGAGGGUUCGCGAGUAUUUAUGGCUCAUCAGGUCUUGUGCAGGUUGGCGACUUAUACCGGCCAUAAGACCCGGAGCGAGCUUCCGUCUUACCGCGAGGGGGCAUAUCCGCUUUGGCGUGAUUUCGCCGCACAACUAUUUGACCAUACACCGUCGCAGACAUGGGCGGUACCGGACAGCUUGAAACAGAUGCACGAACAAUUCGCCCAAGCGUAUCUGGCAGCGGACCCCAGUUUCGCGUACCAUCAGCUAAACUGGCGCAAUGCGUGCCGUCCCUGGCUGGGACGGAAACAUCGUCAGAUAGCUGUGCUCCCUACCAAAGGCAGCUCCCGGACGUGUGUGGACUGCCGGCCGCAGGUUUUGACGGACCUUGAUGUGCCCCUUAGAUUGGAAAAGUUAAAGGUGGAAUCGUCGUCGAGCAUCCACAACGUCGACAGUCGUAAUUGGAUCCGGGUGGCCGCACUGGGCGCCAAAGAAAUCCGUCGUCAAGCUCACGACAGAGGUCUCACCACCGGCUGGAUCGGCCUGUCAAAGACCUGGCGGACCAUGUCCGGCUCCUCACUCAGCGACUCCGACACGGAACGCGCAAUCCAGCAGCGCCUCUACAGCGGCUACCUCAUUAAAUUGUACGACCUGCUCCGUGUAUAUCGUCUUGCCCCGAAGCUUUUCGACGAUCUUCAAAAGCAAAUACGAUCACUCCUCAAACGAGCCGACAAUCACUCCCUCUUCCACAAAUCUGACAACUGGUGCGUGGGCUCCUACGACCAGGUCUAUGUCAGCUUGGAAUGCCGCACUCCGGAUAUCGACUCUCCCACGAAACUCCAUAUCGUUCUCAAUCCAGAAUGCAUGAAGGCCAAGUCCAAAAAACAGGCACAACUAGUUACCGACAGCUUCCUAAACCUCGUCAAAUUGCACGCGGGCUGCGCGUACUAUCCGUCGUCAAGCCGAUGGUACACGGGAAUGUAA